CUCAAAGUUUGCGAAGAAAAAUGCAGAUUUGAGUGAAAAGUAAUAAUUGUAAAAUCAGAGCCUAAAGUCUCACAGAGAAUGAUUUAAAUCAAAAUAUUGGCGCAAAACUUUUCUUGAACGUGACAAACAACAGUUUUGACUGAAGAUUUCAAAAGGAAAAUUAAAUAAAAUCACAAUUCAAUCGAUAGAAAUAGUCGAAAAGUGGUGUAAACGUAAAAUAUUUUAUUUGUUUGUAUGGGAAAAAGUGGAACUCGACAUUCAAGCGAAAAGUUUUUCUUAAAAAAUCCACUUGUUUACUAUUUCGAAGAAGAGUUAAUAUCGUGCUUCCAUGCAAUCAGUCAUCCUCAUUAAUUGAUAGCAGUGUCCUGAGAUCCAGAGAAGCAACUUCCCGAACUUCUUCACUAUAAUUUGAAUUCCAGUAAGAUGAGAACUGUUCAUUAUGAACGAUAGGGAUAUACCGGUGACAACCUUAGCUGGAUUAACCAGUUUAUCAGAUUUACUAAGCGAGUUACCGCUCUCCGACACUUUACCAUCACAUUCGAACACACACAAAUCGCUUCUCUUCCAUCCAAGAGUUGCAGAGGAAGCAAAUAUCUUAUUGAGUCAACGUGAUGAUCCACUCGCACAGCAGCUUAUCACCGCAAUCGAGCAGACAAAUUCAACUCACAUUGAUAUUAAAUCCGAAUAUGCUGGCAAUGACGAAUUGAACUCAAUCGAAUCACCUCAUCUACUUCAGGUCAUCCAAUCAUUCAAACCGAAUGUGUUUAACAACAAUCUUUUCAACCAGAAAUUCGUUAAUCCCAUUGCAUCAUCACAAUUUCAAAAUGCACCGCAACUCACACAAAAUUAUUCAUUACAUCCUAAUCCAAUACAAGCGAACAAUUACGAUGCAUCUUACAAUUCCGUCAAUAAUUUUAAUAACUUUGAUCAAUCAAACCAAUUUCCAAUGCAAUAUCAACAACAACAACAAUCUCAACAAACGUUUGAUCAACAAUUUGUAGCGGGUCAUAUUGUUGAGCAGCAACAGCAUCAACAGUUUAUGGGACAAUCUAACAUUGUUGGUCAGCAGCCACAAUUACACCACCAAGGGAUUAACAACGGAUCGAAUUCAGCUUAUCAACAUAGCAUAAACGAUCUUUUAGUUCAACCUACGGUGACAUUACAACAAAAUUUGUUUAAUAAUCAAGAGACGGUUACCACGAAUCAAUCUUCAUACAACAUUGCACAGUUGCUAGAGAACAGCGACAAUAGCAGCAACAAUUUAUCACAUCAACAAAAUCUCACUGGCGGCUUCUUUCAAAAUAAUCUCCAAUCACAACCUUCUGCUGGCACAUCAUCGUCAGCAAUUCCACAACAACAUCUUCAGACAUCAGCAGCAUUUACCACAAUUGAUCAAACACAAUUCAAUCAAGGAAGUGUUCAGAAUCAUUACAACAAUAAUUUACAACAGCAAUCGACGGUGACAACAACAGCAACAAAAGUUGUUGAUAAUCAAAUUUCACAGACAAAGAAUAAUCAUCAAACAUCGUCAUCACAAUAUAUUCAACAACAACAACAGCAAGAGCAAUUUAAUAAUAUGCAUUUAAGAAGUGGUAAAGUGAAUAACGAUGUGACACAUCAGAAGACGGCACCAAGAAAUAAUGAAUAUUUGGAGCAACAACAACAGCAACGACCGUCACCAGCACAAGGUACAACAGCUCCUGACACAAAUCAUCUCAACUUACAACAAAAGCAGCAAAACAGUAUUACAAAAACACCCCCAACAGCCACGGCAACGGCAACAACACCAGCAACAAGUAGUCAAGUUAAGUUGGAUUCCAUUCCACAAAUGAGAGAACCGUCAAUGAUGGAAACAUUUGAUCUCGCUGAUGUUGGAAUGUUAAAUUUAGAGAAUUUCAAUUUUAAGCAAGUUGUCAUUCCACUUUCAAAGAUGAAAGUCAGUGCUGAAGAGCAAGAGCAAAUGAUAGCAGCAUUAGAAGAAUUAAAUUCGUCAGGUGAUUUGUUUAGUAAAAUGAAAGAAGAUGAAAAGCGAGCGCCAAUGAAACGUAAAGUGCCGUAUGAAGAUGAUGAAAAUGUGAUGGAAACAUUUAAUAAGCCAAAGCUUCGACGAAUUGAAAAGAAAUUGGCGCCAGUUAUUCAUAAGUUGAGUAAUGAAGAGUUGAUGAAGACAAACACAUUCAUUCGAUUUAAUUCAUUUAUGGAUAAGAUUUUUGAGCAGCUUGAUGAUACGGAAGUUAUAACAAUGGACGACAAUGAUGAUAAUCUUGAAUGUAUUUCAGCUUCGCUUUUAUCAAAUAUUAGCGGCGAAGCUGCAAAACUUAAAGCUCGUGCAUCGAUUGAUGUCAUACCUGAAGAUCGUCUCACUUUACUUAUCAGCUACGCUAUGCGAAGUGUCCACGCAGCAAAGAACUUUUCAGCUGGUCCUGAUCUCACCGAUGAACUUGUCGCUGAAGAUUGUCUCGAAAAGAUUCUAAAUGCCAUUGAAGCCGCUCUUUUGAUUUGCAAUAUUUACACUUCAAAAGACACGAAAUUUCUCCAAGAAGACAACAUUGACACGAUCAUAAAGUUUGUACAAUUUCAAUUACGCGAAACGAUUUUUCCAUCAUACGAUCCUGUUUAUACGAUUGAAACGAAGAAGAAAAGUGAGAAAGGUCAGAAUAAGAAAAAGCAAAACAAUCAACAAAAAGGCAUCACAACACUUUACACAAAGAUCGUUGAGCUUACGAAAUUGUUUGUUCGUUUGUUCAAUAAAUUUCAUUUUGUUGAUACAAUCAUCAUUCAUGCAAGCUCAUUAGGCGUCGAACCGUUUUUCGUUGAUAACAUUGAAACGUUGCAGUUUGUUUGUUUGGAUCUUGUGACAUCGAUCUUUCAAAAUGAAAAAUACAAACAUCAUCGACACAACAUUCUCAACGAUAUUCUUUCAUCAGUUGAUCGACUUCCACACUCAAAACGUAAUCUUCGUCCAUAUAAAUUGAUGAAUAAUGGAGGAAAUAUUCAAAUGAUGACAGCACUGGUGCUACAAUUAAUACAAUGCUCAGUUCUUCUUCCCGAUGAACUUCACGAGGAUGAUCGUGUAUCGAAGAAGAGAAAUUCCGAAAAUAAGAAAAUUGAUCGCGAUAGUUUUAUGAUAGAAAAGUACAAGACAGCGACAAGUAUCGGUGGCAACUUCAUUCAAACAUUUCUUAAUAAAUGCAAGAGUCGUGCAACUGAAACCGAUUUCCGUCCACUUUUCGAGAAUUUCAUUCAUGAUCUUCUAACGACCGUCAACAAACCAGAAUGGCCGGCAUCGGAACUGUUGUUGACACUUCUCGGGACACUUUUAGUGAAAUAUAUGGCUGAUAAAAGUGUUGAUCAGUCAAUUCGUGUAGUGUCGUUGGAAUAUCUUGGAAUUGUCGCAGCAAGACUUCGUAAAGACACAGUAAAAGCAAGAAAUCGUGUAAAAACAAUGGACGAGCUCAUUAAAUGCAUCAAAAUUGAACAGGAGAAAGAUGGCGAAGAAUCAGACGAUGAUGCGAUGUUUGAGAUUGAUCCGGAAGAAGAGCGAACGGAAUUUCUUCAAAAGAUUCUUCUCGAUUAUCUGACUUUGAACAGUCAAGAGGAGAAUCCCGUAUGGAAUCAUGCACGACACUUUUACCUCACAACAUGGUUCCAUGAUAUUCAACGACGAAAGAAAGAGAUAAGUGAAGGUGCAAAAGGUUACGCAAGUCGAAAAAAGCAAAAGAAAUCGUCGAAGAAAAAGUAUCGAAGUGAUGAAAGUGAUGAAUCGAGUGAUUCUGAUGUACAAGAAGUACGUGAAGUGGAUCAAGAAUUGAAUAGAGAAAUUUUUAAAGUUCUCGAUGAACGAAAGAAAUAUCUUAUGAGUAAGAUUGCUCCAUUUAAGAAAACGACACGUGAUGUUGUUGAUCUUAAAACUUAUCUCGACUAUGACAAUGCAAAUCUUAUUGCACAAUAUCUCGCUAGUAAACGUCGAUUCUCACAAAGUUUUGACAUUUAUCUUAAGAAGAUUAUUCUCGUUGUACGUGAACCAGUUGUAGCAAUACGAACGAGAGCUAUGAAAUGUUUGGGAAAUAUUGUUGAAGUUGAUCAAUCGAUUCUCGCACGAAAAGAUAUGCAAAUUGGUGUUGCACAAAAGCUUCUCGAUGCAGCAAUUUCAGUACGUGAAGCGGCUGUUGAUUUGGUUGGAAAAUAUAUUCUCACAGAUAGAACACUCGUUGAUCAAUAUUAUGACAUGAUUGCACCGAGAAUACUUGACACGGGGGUGUCGGUUAGAAAACGUGUCAUAAAAAUUCUUCGCGACAUAUGUGUCGAAUUUCCUGAUCAUCACAAGAUUCCUGACAUUUGCAUUAAAAUGUUGAGACGUGUUAAUGACGAAGAGAAUAUUCAGAAGCUUGUGAUGGAAGUUUUCAUGACAAUGUGGUUUACACCAUGCCAUGACAACGACAAAGAUGGAAUACGCCGAAAAUGUGAGCAGAUUAUCGAUGUUGAGCUGUCAUCACAAGAGAAAGGAUUCCAUGGACUUUUAAGAACUGUAUUUGAACCAAAAGAAAGUAAAAAUGAUGAAGCAAAAGGCAAGAAAGAAAUCCCACCGACACUUGUGCGCUCAUGUCACCAAAUCGUAAAUGGUUUAGUGAAUUCAAUAAUGGAUCUGGAGAAGACGAAUGGAUCGCGACUUGUUGGUUGUGUGACAGCACUUCACUCAUUUGCACAAAUACGACCACAACUGUUGGUGGAACAUGCAAUCUCAUUGGAACCAUAUCUGAACAUCAAAUGCAGCUCAAGUGAACAGAUUAAAUUUCUUAGUCUGCUUGCUGAGAUUCUAGAACACGUUGUACCAUUAAUGGAACAUCCUGGUGAAGCUUUCCUCUCGGAGCUUGAAGCUCAUCUUAUGAUGUUGAUUGUAUCAUCGCGACAAAUUGUUGUCGUUAGUUGUGUGGCUUGCCUCGGUUCAGUCAUCAAUAAAAUUACGAAAAAUUAUCCACUUGUUCGUGAUUGUUUCUCAAAAAUCUACACGAGAGCUUUGGUACAAUCAAAAGAGCUUCUCAUAAAAAAUCCUAGCGUGUCCAAGGAUCAGAUUUAUAAUCCAGUCUUUCGUCGUGGCAUCUUCACAGUUGGCCUUCUCAUGCGAUAUUUUGACUUCAGUCGUCCUGAUGUCAACGGAUCCAAUACAAAUGAAAGAAAUCGACUAUCACCGAAUAUUUGCGAUGAAGUGUUCGAAACUCUUUUCUACUUCUUAAAUUGUCAAAUUCCUCAACUUCAACGUGAAAUUCUUCAAGCACUCGGAUAUUUUUGUGUCACAAACUGUGAAUAUUUAACGCGACAAGAGAUCCGAGAUUAUUACAAUUAUCUUCUCACACCUGUUAGCAAUCAAAAUGAGUUGAAGAUUAUGGUGCUGAAGAAUAUUUUACUUUAUCUAAUGGAGGAAGAGAACAAGAUGACGAUAAACGAUAAAGAUUGGCAAACACAAUCAAAGACUGAAGAUCUUAAAGAAAUGGGCGAUAUAUCAUCAGGAAUGUCUAGUCGUGUGAUUCAAAUUUACUUAAAAGAAAUUCUCAAUUGUUUUUUGAACGGUGACUUUAAUGUUCGCGUGAUGGCAAUGCGUGUUAUUGAAAUUGUCCUUCGUCAAGGGUUAGUGCAUCCAGUACAAAUUGUUCCUUAUCUUAUCUGCCUCAGCACUGAUCCAGAAACGGAGGCUUCACAUAGCGCCGAUCGUCAUCUGCAAGAGCUUGAUAAGCAAUAUCAAGGGUUUGUCAACAUGAAAUGCCAAAAAGGAAUUCAAUUAUCUUACGAUCUACAAAAGAUACUUCAAGAGAAGGCAAGUGGACGAGUUAUUCGUGGUUAUCGGAUGCCAAAAGCAGGAACUGACGAACCGCCAACAGCAUUCAAUGGAUUUGUUUAUUCUUUGUUAAGAAAUACAAAACCAACAAGACGAGCUCUCAUUCAAUCAAUAACAAAGCAAUUUGAUGAUGAACGAGCAACUCUUAGCUUCAUGCUUUAUCUCGCUGAUAAUCUCGCAUACUUUCCCUACGUUGUCCAAGACGAGCCACUCUUUUUGAUCCAUCAAAUCGAUUUAUUUAUUUCUGUUUCGGGUACAAACUUACUUCAAACAUUUCGAGAUGGUUUAAAGAAGAAACCAGGAGAUGAGAAUAAAGAAAAGUUGCUGAAUCCCCUUGAGGAUGAGGAUGAUGAAGAGGAUCGUGAAGCUUUGUUUAAUCGAUUACCAGACGACACAACAGAACUACAACAAUGCAUAACAUCAGCUCAAGGGUGUAUGCUGCUUUUGAUUCUUAAGCAGCAUUUAAAGGACAUGUACGGGAUAAAUGAUGCAAAAAUUGCACAAUACUCGCCAUCUGAAGGGACGAAAGUUUAUGACAAAGCAAUGCAACGUCGUAUUAUCAAUCCAUUCAAUCCGAAAGCUACGAUCGCACUUUUGAAGGAAGAUCAGAAAAUUUGUGGAAACUUAACAGAAAAUGAGAAGCGAGUGUUGGUUGAUCGAUAUUUGGAGUUUAAACAGUUGAUGAUUAAAUUGGAUCCCGAAGAGGAAGCUGAUGAUGAUGACAAACCGAUGUUAAAAACGCCACAAAAGUUUCCCUCACAACCACCAAAUACGAGUCAAGCAAUGACGAAUGCAAAUGAUAUCACAAUGAAUCAUCUUCACAUGAAUCAUGUACAAAUUAAUUUGCCACGCUUAAAUCUUCCACCAGCUGUUUCAUCGCUACAAAAUUUUGAUAAACAAAUCAACGUGAAUUCUUUCCCAAAGCCCUUACAGAAGCCCGCAAAGACAAAAUCAUCAUCGAAAAAGUCAUCGUCAGCUUCAACGAAGAAGAAGAAACGUCGAAAGUUGUCAAGUUCGGAAGAGGAUGAAAGUGAAUACGAAGACGAUGAAGAUUAUUAAACGAAGGUCGUUGAUAAGAAAAAAUGAAAAUUCAUAACGCAGCAAAAUGAGUGAAAUUUAACGAUAUUAAAUGAAGAAGGAUUUGAAGGAAUUAAAAGCCAACAAAAUGUAUUAAAACUGGUAGGAAGAAUUUUUCUUUGUAUUUUAAAGCUGUGCAGAAGAGAAAAGAAAAAUUUUGAUGAAGAUUUUUUUUUAAGAAUUGAAACUAUUUGAGAAGAAAAGGAGAAAAUGUUUUCCUUUUUCUGAAAUUAAUUUUUUUUUGUUUCUUUCUUCUUCUUUCAUAUUUAUUAAUAAGUGUAGUGGGGUUGCGAUAUGAAAUAGUUUUCCGCGAAUUUAAUGCAAAAAAAAAGAAUUAAAAAAAACAAAUGUACAUAAAUAUGUAGUUAAAGAAGAUUUAAAGAAAAGGAAGUGAAAAAAUAUAAUUUUCUGUGUAUUCAUGCGGGGGUGGAUUUUUUCAACGAUCAAAUCGGAUAUUCGUGCAGAGCUUUGAAUUUUCUUUUAAAAACUUCUUUAUCUUCUUAACUUCUGAAAAUCGAAGAGAAAAAUGUGCACUAAUAAAACUUGCAAUUAAUAUGAGAUUUCUAUCGAUCGUUAUUCCACCCACGCAAAGAAAAUCUUAGCAAUUAGAUAAAUGUCGUAGAAUUAAAUUAGAUUCAUUUUGAUCACCCUUUAAACAUUUCAAAUUCUUUUCUUUAUCAUAUUUUCUCUUUUUUUAAAUUAUCGCAAUGCGUCAAUCAUCAGUUAAAGGAAAGAAUUAUUUAAUAAUCAAGAAAAUAUCUUUCCUUGUAGCUUAAACAUCAUUUUUUUAUAACAUUUAAAUUUAGUGUUAAUAUUUCUAUCAUGAAAAAAAAGAAGCAAAAACACCAUCCGCGUAGGAAUAUGUUCUCUAAAUAAUAUAAAUAUUAAUUAAUUAAUUACUUAUCUAAACGAAGAAUAAAAAAAGAAAAUGAAAAUAAUUUUGUAAUUAUAGUGAGUGAAAAAGGAUUUUCACUUGAAACUCAUUUUUGCGCAAACAUUAGUUGAGAGUUGAUUGGAAUAAGAUGAAUUAAAUAAGAAACAGAGAAAUGAAUUGUAUUAAAAAUAAAAUAAAAAUCAAAGAUGAAAAAAGGAAAAUAAACUUUUUUCAAAAUGA